AUUAUCGAUCAGAAGAAUUCGAAUAAAAAAAAGAGUUCAAAUAAACAACUAUCGACGCGUUAUCAUAUCAUGAAUAUAAUUUGAGCCUUAUACUUCAUCGAAUCUAUAAUAAUUACGUUCUUACUCCGGGACCCUUGUGAGUUUCGCAGCGAGGAGGUAGGAUUCAAAUGCGGCGAGUCAAUCCUCGCCUUCAUAAUCGUUCUUCCUACUCUAUCCUAUAGCGCCCGACGACACCGGUACACUUGUUAUGAGAAUUUUGGAAAAUAAUCUUCAUGUAGAACUCAGUCUAGUAUUUGAAAGAGAAUCAUAAUAAUCAGAACGAGGUAUAACUAUUUCCAAUCAACAAGUAGCUAGAUAGAUGGUGUAUUUUGUAUGUGAAGCAUGGGUCCAGCUACCCCUGCCCCACUGACUAGCUCAUCGCGUCGCAAAUCUCGUAUACGCCAAACUGUCCUUUCUUCAUGUCCUUCGUUAUCUCUAGACACCACGUCUUUGUGGUAGUUAUUAACUUCUCCAUCUAUCGAAGCCGGCAAGGAUGGCCCCAACUCCUGAAAUUCAAGAAGAUGGAAAUACCCCUACAAAUAGGGACAAUGGCCAUGCCGAGGAUGGGGGUAUUAUACUUGGUCCGACAGGAGAUUUGAAAGAGCCUCAAGAGGGUAACAUUCAACAUGACAACCAACACGUACUUGCAGAACCACGAAAAUAUUUGAAAGGAUGGAGAUUAUAUACUCUUGCCUUUGGAUUGUGCCUGUCCUUAUUUCUAUCCACUUUAGAAACUACAAUUGUUAGCACAUCUUUGAUAUCCAUCACCAAUGCUCUAGGAGACUUUGAGCAAAGAGAUUGGGUUGUUACCGCCUAUCUUAUUACUUAUACAGGCUUUCUAGUCGUGUAUGCUAAGUUUAGUGAUAUUCUGGGACGCAAGUUGUUAAUCUUGGUCGCCUUAGCUUUCUUCACGGUCUUCUCAAUUGUCUGCGGUUCGAUAUCGAAUAUGAUACAAUUGAUCGUGUUUCGGUCGUUACAGGGCGUUGGGGCUUCCGGGAUUUAUGCAAUGGUGACAGUUAUACAACCCGAAAUGGUUCCUCCUGAGAAAUGGGGUAAUUAUAUUGCAGUUAUCUCGCUAGUUUCCAUCUUGAGUUCCGUCCUCGGUCCUAUACUCGGCGGUGCCAUCAACGACCAUUCCUCCUGGCGAUGGGUCUUCCUCUUAAAUGCUCCUGCCGGAGCUGUAGCAACCGCUUUGAUCGCGUUUGUUAUGCCUACCCACUUUCCAAAUCUCGACAACCCGACAGUGCGGAUGAAUUUCCAUACGAAGAUAUCAAGAUCAUCUCUUCGUCGGCUGGAUAUCAUUGGAGCCGUCCUGUUGCUCUUUUCUUCCGCUCUGAUCGUUUUUGCUUUCGAAGAAGCAGGUUCUCGAUAUAGUUGGAUAAGUCCAGCUAUUCUCAGUACGAUAAUUAUCGGUGGAGUUCUCUUCAUCGGUUUUCUCGUUUGGGAAAAGCUCGUGGAUCGACCAAGAUCGCCUCAGGAACCUAUAUUCCCUCUUCGAUUGAUGAAGAGCCGCCUAUUCAGCUCGUUAAUUAUGAUCGCACUCUGCACCGGUCCUCCUUUUAUGACGGUUUUAAUCAACCUCCCGCAACGUUUUCAGGCGGUCGAUGGAGCCAGUGCGUUUCAAGCCGGCAUCCAUCUUCUUCCGCUCCUGCUCUCAUCCCCUGUAGCCACUGCCGUAGCCGGACAGCUUGCGGCAAGGUUCAAAAUACCCCCUUUUUACUUGCUACUCUUCGGAGCAUCUAUGCAGUUGCUGGGGAUUGGCCUUGCAAGUUCGAUACCCUUUACUAGCGGCAGCGCUAUGUACUGGUAUGAAGUCAUAAUGGGGUUCGCCUUUGGGAUGAGCCUUGUGUCACUAUUGAUAUUCACACCAAUGGUCGUUGACCGAGCUGAUAUGGCUGUCGCUAUGGGGGCCAUAACCCAAAUACGAGUAUUAGGGGGGACAAUAGGGUUAGCUAUCAGCUCGACCGUCCUUAACAACCAUUUACGGUCGAAUCUUCCAUCUCUGCUUAGCCCAGCAGAUAUUCAACAAAUAUCCGAAUCUGUUCAAUACGUAAAUACCCUCCCGGACGUGACUCGUGAUGAGGUACGUCAAGUUUUCGCUGACGGGUUCAAUGCGCAAUUGCGUGUUAUGAUGUAUUUUAGCGCAGUUGUCUGGGCAUUCGCUGUGACGCUUUGGGAGCGCAAAUUAAGGAGCGCGGCCACGAUCGAAGGAUAUUAA